AAGAUAUUAAUAAUGCAAUUGAUCAAAAAUCAAACAUUAUAGAAGAUGGAAUCAAUUUCGUUAAAAAUUUAAUUAAAGAAAUCGAAAUUGAUGCGUCACAACCAUUAGAUGAUAAUACUGGUUCAAAUAUCUUAAGUCCAUCAUACAAUCCUAUAUCCAAUGGUAGUAUAUCACUGACAUCAACAUUGACACCAACACCAAUAACUACCACAAUUACAACCGUAACAAAUGAUGUUGACACUAGUGUUGACAACAGAUAUAAUUUUAGGACUAGGAAGCACGUAAACUACAAAUUUACAUUACCAUUGCCAUUGAAGAAACGCCACUGUAACAACAUACCAGUAAGUAUAAACUGA